GAAGAAAACGAAGAAGAAGAAGAAGAAGAAGAAGAAGAAGAAGAAGAAGAAGAAGAAGAAGAAGGAGAAGAAGAGAGGAAGGAGAAGAAGGAAGAAGAGGAAGAAGAAGAAGAAGAAGAAGAAGGAAGGAGGACGGAGAGGAGGUAG